AUGUUCAUCCAAACCGAGCCCACACCCAACGCCGAUGCCCUAAAGUUCAACCCCAACCAGCGCGUCCUCCCCGAAACAAUCUCCUCACCCUUCCUCGAGUACCUGAACCCACGCUCCACACUCGCGCCACCGCACCCCUCCCCGCUCGCUGCGCAACUCCUCAACAUCGACGGCGUAACCAGCGUCUUCUUCGGCGCCGACUACAUCACCGUAACCAAAGACACAUCCACGCCCUGGUCGCACGUGAAGCCCGAAGUCUUCGCCCUCAUCAACGAAUACAUGACGUCCGGCCAACCCAUCGUCAACACCGUCGCCUCCAAGCCCGGCGAGCAAGGCCAAGGCGGCCAAGAAGCCGAUUCAUUGGCCUACGACGAAAACGACGACGAAGUCAUCGGCAUGAUCAAAGAGUUGCUGGAUACCCGCGUCCGCCCCGCGAUCCAGGAAGACGGCGGCGACAUUGAGUUCCGCGGCUUCAACGACGGACAAGUCAUGUUGAAGCUGAGGGGCGCGUGCCGGACCUGCGAUUCUAGUACCGUGACGCUCAAGAACGGGAUUGAGAGCAUGUUGAUGCAUUAUAUCGAGGAGGUCAAGGGCGUGCAGCAGGUGCUGGACCAGGAGGAGGAGAUUGCGUUGCAGGAGUUUGCCAAGUUCGAGGAGAAGCUUCGCCAGCAGAAGGGGCCGGAGGCGACGAAGGGGACUGUCGGGAAGGGAAGUCUGGAUUAUGUGGAGUAG